GAAUAAUACAUCUAUUUUGGUAUCUAAAAUUCUCUCCUCUCAAAAACCACCCCUAAACAGAGUGAGUUUCUCUCUCUCUUUCUUAGUUUCAUUUCUCUCUCCUUUUCAAUCUCUCAAUCAGGAUUGGUUUUGGAUCUUUGAAGAAAAGCCACACUGGAUUUUAUGAAUAACAGAACAGGGUUUCUAGGGUUUUUUUUUUUCUUUUUUUUUUUUUUAAUUUAAGUUGAUGGGUUUGAGUUGUGUGCUCAUUUCAUUGUAGAUUUCGUAUUCUUAUAUGGGUUGGUUUGUUUUGAUUGUUUUGAUGCUUCUUUAGUGUAAAUUUUAGAUCUUUUCGGAAGCGCUAGAUAAUAUAUUGGUUGUAUAAGUAGUAUAAUAUUUUUAGGGGGUUUUUAUGUCUGUUUGUUGGAGAGAAGAUAUAAGAUGAUAAGGUUGUCGGAUUUUUAGACGAUAGACAUUUGCUUUGAUGGAAUAGGAUUUUGGGGGAAGGUGUAUGUUGGAAGAAUUAACAAGGUGAGGUGCUUGGAUUUGUUUGUUUGAGAGGAUUGAAUGCUUGUUUGAUUAGAGCUUUUUUGAUUUUGGAGAACUGGUGUGGUUUUUCAUUGGUUAAAAAUGGUGAAGGAGAGAGUUUUUGUACCAAGGAGUGAGAAUGUGUAUUUGGAGGAUGUGUUUAAUCGUGAAGAACCGUCAUGUGCUGAAAUGGAAAUGAAUGACAAUCAUGGUUUUGCAUCUGAGGAAGGUGAGGGAAGUAACAUGGUGUUUCCUACAGAGCCAUCUCUUAUUAGUAAAGAUUCAAGAAUAUCUAGUGCUUGUAGUUGUCUUGCAAAGAAUCUGAAAUUGAAGAGGGUGAUUCCGGCAGAUUCCGAGCUUUCUAAAGACAAACCGGGGCAUGAAAAGAGACUCAGUAAACAAGACAGGAUUGAGUUAGGCCAGUUGUUUCAGCGUGCAAUGAGUUCCCAUGAUUGGGAGCUCUCAGAGAGUCUAAUAUCAUUGGCAGAUCCACAAACCCUGAAUGAUGCGUUGUGUAUUACGCUGGACUCUAUUUGGUUUUUGAGCUCAGAGCAGGAGCUUCAUGGGGUAACAGGAUUGAUUAAGAGCAUAAUUUCCCAUGGUGCUUAUGACUUCACAAGAGCUGCCCUCAGAACUUCAUUUCUUGCUUCAUGUGUUUCCGCUUGCCAGAGCAGAACAAUGAGUCUUGCUGACACAGUAACUGUGAUGGCCCAGAGGCUGCAUGAGCGUCUCCAGGAGUGCAAUGGGGACGAGGUCUUGAAGGCAGAAGCUGGUGCUAAGGUUCAAAAGUUUACUGAAUGGGCUCUGAGAUGUAUAGGCUUCCAUUCUCGCUGCCAUGGGAGUCGGGACAGAGUGAGUCACUGCACUGCUGUUGAGAUCCAACUCCAGCUAUCUGCAUUCAAGACAUUUCUAGAUCUGUCAGGCAAUCAGCUAACAGGGAAAGAUUUCACAGAGGCUUUUGAUGCAGCUUGCUUUCCCCUUACUCUUUUCUCUAGCUCUUUUGACCCUGGUUGGGCAUCUGGGAUAUCAGCUACUGUGAUCCAAGGAUUGCUGGGUCUGUUGGUGGAAGGUGGUGCCGACAAUGUUAACCAGUGUUUCCUUGAAGCCUCUCGAUUUGGGAGUACAGAACUCGUGCGUAUUUUGUUGCAGAUUGCCCAAAGGAACAGUUUGGAUGUCGAUGUUGAUCUGGCCCUGGGUUUUGCUUCACACUAUUGCAAGAUUGGCACGAUGGAGUGUCUAGUAGAAGAGGGUAAUGCUGUGGCUUUCUUGGGCCCUUUGAUGAGAGCUGCUGAGAGAGGUUGUAUGCAGGUUGUCCAAUGGUUUGUGAAAAGGGGUUGCCGUGAUAUGGAUCUGUGCCUUGCCCUUACAGCUGCCACUUCCAGCAGCCAAGUUGAAGUUGCUGCCUAUCUGCUCCCCCACGUCCCUCAGCAUGUUCUUGCAGCUCUCAGCAUUGAGAUUCUCAAGGCUGCAGGUGAAAGAAGUGGUGGCUCUCUUGAUGGUGUGGCAUUCCUGCUCCAUUCUGAUUUCUUAAGUGACCCAGCUGCUACAUACGCAGUUGCAGACAGCAUUGCUAGGUCUGAUGACGAGGCUGUUGCCCCUGACCUGAAAGCUUUUCUUCGGGAGCAUUGGUCUGAGGCAGCUUUCUUGGACGGAUUAAAUCAAGGGCAAGAGCAUUACAUGAAUCUAGUUAGGAUUUUGAAGUGGGGUGGAUCUCCUAUUUGCCUAAGGGAUCUGCCAGGUCCUCUGAGGGUGGCAAUUGCCUACCUGCCGCUGUAUAGGGAGUGUAUUAAGGUAGGUGGUCGCUUGCUAUCACAAAGGUUAAGGGGUCAACUUGUUGAAGCCGUGAAAAGGCUUGGAGGUGGGGUGUUGGGAGAGGUGAGCCAGGGCAAAGAGCUCUUGGCAGUUUUGGAACAUCACCUCCCUCCAUUUUUGGUCCACGCUCCCUUCACUGGUUAGCAAAAAUUAACCGUUGGAUAUUUCACAUUUUCGCUUCUCUUUUUACCUCCAUAUCUCAUGUGUCAUAGAUAAUAAUAAUUUACAUAUUACCUGUGGUUAAGGUGACGAAGCUUUUAAGGUUUGUCAAAUUUUCCUACCAUCAUGUGGUUGGCAUAAAAUCUUGGUUCUCUCUGUAGUCUCCUGGGUUUUUUUUGGCUAUACCAUACUAUGUUCUCUCUUAAUGGCUUUGCAUUUUGACCUUGUUAUAUGUAAGUCAGAGAGUAAUUAUUAUCACAAGAGUUAAUAUAUGAUGGGAAUGUAUAUUGUAA